CUUUCUGCACUAGUGUACACUAGUGACACCGAAGCGUUCUUUAUUGCAGUGCAACGUAGAACAAAACCGUUCUUUAUUGCAGUGUAACCAAGUUCAGUGCGAUAGUUCAGUGUACUCGCUGCCCUAGGUCUGAGGCAGGGUCAGGCAGUGCAGUGCAAGGACCGGGUAAGUAAAUAUGGCUGAAAACAUAAAUAGUAAUAUAAAUAAAAUCAGCUGAAAGCAAAGUCAUGGAAAGUGAAACAGCAAUUAUACAAAGAGAUGCGGCAGGAAAUAUUUUAAUUGAUGAAAAUGGAUUUGUUACUUGCAUUUCUGAAGGAGGGCUGGAAUUUCAAAUUUGUUAUUCAGAGAUCAAUUUUAACUGCGACUCCAUAAAUUGUACGGUAAACAACAAGUCAAUGUUCAUUCCGUUAAAUGAUAAUAAUAACGAAAGCAAUAAAGAAAAUCAACAAGACAACUACACGGAAAAUAGAAUACCAGAAAGCUCAGAAAGUAUAGAAGAAACAUUUUCAUGGUCAGAUGCAAGCACAAAAUUAUUUUUAUGUUUGUAUAAAGAAAAAAUACAUUUACUUACGACAAGAAAAAUUAGAAACAAAAAAGUAUUAUGGCAAAAAAUAGCAGAAGAAAUGAAUAUACAAGGCUAUAAUGUAUCAAAUAUACAAACUGAAAAUAAAUUUAAAUCAUUAGAAAGAGCUUACAAAAAUAUGAUUACAAAUAACAAAAAAACUGGCAGAAGUAGAGUAACAUGUCCAUAUGAAACAGAAUUGACGGAUUUAAUUGGGAGUAAACAUAAUAUUGAACCUCUAAUCACAUCUGGAAAUAAAGGCACAAUACUGAGAACUGACAGAACUACACCUACGUUCACUAGUGGUGUAUCUGAAACAGAAAAUAUACCGACAGGAAGUAACGCAUCAGCCAGUCAAGAUAUUUCAAUAUUUGAAUCGGGAACAACCAACCAAGAAUCAAUGCCAAUAGCAACAACACCAACUAUGUCUAAUCAGUCUAAUCUACAAAACACACUUUCUGUUGAAGAAAUGCAAAGCAGAAACAAAAGGCAAAUGGGCACAACAGCAAAAGUUUUGCAAUCGUGUCAAGAAAGUAUGAAAGAACUGAUAGAACGUAUUCAAGAAGAAAAGCACGAUAAAAUUGAAAGAGAAAAAGAGAUAUUAAUGGAAUAUAGACAAAUGAGACAAUCGUAUGAAAAAUAUUUAGACAAAGUACAGGAGCAAUUGAUAAUUGCAAACAAAAUGAGAGAAGAAAGAAAUAAUUUAUUAAAAGCUUAUCUUGAUAAACAAACUAAAUAAUUAAUUAAGAGUU